AUGGAAGCCCCUAUAAGAAGUACUUGUUCUUGGAUGCUAAGAGCCAUUCUAAAGCAAAGAGAUACAGUGAGGGAGAUGCAAGAGUGGAAGGAAAUGGAAGAUACUGACGCUGUUGAAUAUGAGUAUUUGAAGCUGGUUUUACAGUGGGGUCCUACCGUGUGUGAGGAACAUGACGACAGGGUAUGUGUCAUUUCUCCUAUCAUGGACAAACUAACUGUUCAUGGACUAUGGCCUGCCACGGAAGACGAACCACAGCCUAGAGACUGCGACACAGAGCCAGACGGGAACAACUUGAAAGAAAAUGGGUUUCCUCCCUUGGUUGUUACUAAAAUGCACCAAUUUUGGCCGAGCUAUUUUGAGGGACCCGUUAGAUUUUGGAGACGACAGUGGAGGAGACAUGGACGAUGCGCGUACCCUCAUAUUCAACAAAUUCCUUACGUUCGAUUGGCUACCAAUUACGCUGAGACAAUAGACAUUAUCGAAGCCCUAAAGGAAGUAGAUAUUGUUCCUCGUUCUAAUCGAGAAGACGCUAAAUAUUGGAGUAGGAACCUAUUAAUAGAUACGGUAACAGCUUAUGGAGUUCGCAAGGGUAUAGCAAUGGAUAACUUCUAUCCGGAACUACGCUGUAUUCGGGAUCACGAAUUUAUUGAAGCAAGGAUUUGUCUAUCUCCAAAUGGAGACGCAAUAAUUAGGUGCCCUAGUGAAGGAACUUGUCUAAACAAGUUUCAGUUGCUUACCUAUCCGAAGGAAUGUCCAGCGCCUCCUCCUUCGGAUCCUUCUUUUACUCUUACUAAUUUCCCACCACUAAAUCCUAAUGCUUAUUGGAUUGAGACUUGCGUGUGA